CGUGAACGAGCCUCGCCUGCCAUUACCCUCCCCCUGCGCGUGAACACGCAUAUAAAUACUUCUGCGCGCGGCCGCGUUCCUCACUCUCGAGCCCAACGCCAUUUUGUCUUGCAAGCAGAGAUUUCCCUGAAUCGUAUAUCACCAUGAGUGGAUGUCGUGUGUUCAUCGGCCGUCUGAGCCCUCAUGCUCGUGAAAGAGACGUGGAGAAGUUCUUUAAAGGCUACGGACACAUUCGGGAGAUUAACCUGAAAAACGGAUUUGGCUUUGUGGAGUUUGACGACCACAGAGACGCAGAUGACGCAGUGUAUGAGCUGAAUGGAAAAGAGCUGUGCAGUGAGAGGGUGACUAUUGAACAUGCCCGUUCUCGCCGAGGCAGAGGUGGCGGUCCAGGAAUGGGAGGAGGACGUUUCUCUCCACGCUUUGGAGGGUAUCGCAAAUCCCAAAGUGGGGGUUCCAGGUAUGGACCACCCGUGCGCACGGAGCACAGAAUCAUUGUGGAUAAUCUCUCCUCUCGCAUCAGUUGGCAGGAUCUGAAGGACUUGAUGAGGAAGGUGGGAGAAGUGACCUUUGUGGAUGCACACAGGACCAAAAAGAAUGAAGGGGUGGUGGAGUUUGCUUCACACAGUGAUAUGAAGAAUGCCAUUGAGAAGCUGGAUGGAACCGAUCUGAAUGGACGCAAACUCAAGCUAUACGAGGAUCGCCAGAGAGAUCGUAGUAGAAGUCGUUCCCGCAGCAGGAGCAGCUCCCGCUCCCGUUCCCGAUCACCCAGUCGGAGUCGCACCCCUGAGCGUGGAAGCAAACGCUCUCGCAGUCGUUCAGUCAGUCGCACCCCAGAGAAGAAGAGUACCAGCAACCGGUCUCCUUCCCGCUCUCCUACUCCUCCACGCAAACAGAGCCGCUCCCGAUCUGCUUCUGCAGAGAGUCAGCAUUGAAACUAAUUAUGUAUGUGUCUGGAUGAGUGAGACUUUUUGUUUUUUGUUUUUCCUUCACUUAAUGUGGCAUAUGUCAUUGUGCCACUUUAGUGUAAAUUACUUACUGUGAGUUGAAUGGAUGAGUGUGUGUGUUUGUGUAUGAAGAUGUUUUGAUUUAUUUCUUAUGCAGAGGAACUGGGGGGGGGGGGGGGGGGGGGGGUUUAAGUGAUGGAAUGUGUUAAGACUAGAUUUUUCACAAUGUCUCGUUUUGAUUUUUUUAUUUUAUUUGAUCAAUAUCAAUCCUGGAGUACUUCUGUAGAGAAAUGUAUGUGGGAUGUUAAUUUUUUUGUUUUUUGAGUCUUUAUGGUGAUUCAACAGAAGGUUACACCUGUAUAUACACUCUGUAAUAAAGUAUAUUGGUAUUUGGCAGAGAAA